AGCCCGAGCUGACGCUCCCCGCCCCUCCCCCUGGCUUCGAGGCGCCUGGUGGGGGGGGGGCGCACAUGGUGCGGUGACCGCCCUGGCGCCGCUGCCGCCCCGCGGGCCCGUGCCGCCGCUCCCCGGAUGUCUGGGGCGGGCUGACGCCUGCUGCUGGCCAUGUCGGGGCAGCCGGAGCGCCCCCGGCCGAACAGCAGCCCGUCCUUCCGGCCGCACAGGAUCCCGAAGGACGACAAGGAGGCGUGGGAGAACGUCCCCACAAUCGUCUUCCAGUCGAUCAAGUCGCUGGACAAGAACGCCCCCGAGAUCAAGGCGUGGAUCGACCAGCACGAGAAGAGAGCGAGGGACAUCGAGGAGCAGCUCCGCACCGAGAAGGGCCGCGCCGACGAGCACGGCGCCGCCCUGCACGACACGAGGGAGCAGCUGGCGGAGCUGACGCGCGCCACGCGCGAGGCCGAGGAGCGGCGCCACAGGGAGGCCGCGGUGUUCCAGGGCUGCCUCGGCAGCCUGCUGCGGGCGGAGGCCGCCCUCGUGGGCCGCCUCGGGCGCUUCUUCGGCGCGUGCGCCGACCGGCCCGACGGCGCGGGCGACGCCGCGGGUCCGCUGCCGCAGGGAGAGGACGGCCUCGCGGCGCUGGAGGCGCUCGGGCGCGGCGCGGGGGACCGCCUCGACGUGCUCGCGGGCGCGUUCGGCCGGUGGGAGGCCCAGCGCGCGGACGAGGAGAGCGCCCGGGCGGCCACGGACGCGGCCGUGGUGGAGCUGCGGGCGGGGGCGGAGCAGUCGCAGAGCCGGCUGCUGGCCUGGCGGGACCUCCUGAAGGAGAACUCCGCCGUCAUCGAGGCGCUCAACUCCCAGCUCGACACCACGAAGCUUGCGGUCCAGGACCUCCUGGCCUCGCGGGUCCGGCAGGUGGACGUGGAGGACGCGGUGGGCGCGAGCGCGAGGCAGCUCGAGGGCAUGCACGCCAGCCUCGACGGCCGCGUCGAGGAGCUCGCGCGGCUGUUCGACGAGCAUGCGGAGCGCACCGACGGCACGCUGGAGGAGGCGCGUCGCGCGACGGACGCGCAGAUCAACGAGCAUAGCAGCCAGGUGGCGCAGCUCCUCGAGCGUAGCCUGCACCCCAUCAACGCCUACCUAAACACCAUGAGGGUGAAGGCCGACCAGGCCCGCGUCGAGCUCGACAGCCUGAGCGCGCGCGUGCCCGAGCUCGCCGAGUCGCUGCGGGGCACGGCGGCGCGGCUCGAGGAGGGCGACGCCCGGCACGGCGAGCGCGCCGACGAGCUGGCCCACGAGCUGGCCGACCUGGCGAAGGCGCAGCUGCAGCAGAGCGAUCUGGCCCAGCAGCAGGGCGAGGAGCUGGCGGAGCAGGUAUGUCCGCGCACUGCUGGCCAGGGCCUCCACGAGCAGAUUGCGCUGAUCCGCGGGGGGCUUCAGAACACGGAGCGGGAGCUUGACACGCUGAGGCAGCGCGACGUGGCCAGGCUGACCACGGAGCUGAAGACCCUCGAGGAGAGGGUGGCGCAGUGGGUCCACACGCGCCCGCUGCCCGCCAAGAUCAGCGAGGCGCGGCUGUUCUCCCUGGAGACGAGGCUCAAUGAGGAGAUGAACG